UUUUUCUAGAAAAAUAUCAGUAUGCGCUUUUAACUGAAGAAAUAGAUAUUGUAAUAUCUAUUAUCAAAUAUAGAAUAACAACAUUUGAAAUCGAAAAGUAGUCAGAUUUCCAAAUUGUGCGCAAGGGGGCGGUCCCAACCCCAGGUAGAAGCAUGAUGCCAUUGGUCAGAAACGACGAAAUUAGGUAGAAAGGUAGAAACGGUAGCGUGCUAUAUAACCUAGCAGUCAUUUUUCGGUCAGUCAGUUGAGUUAACCUUAAUGGUGUUAAGAUUGUUUAGACUGUUUGAAUACUCGCAAGUUUUCGAAUAUUAUAAACGAACUUUAAGGUGAUAUUACAGUGUUGUGAUUGAUGAUUGAUGAAUUUUCAAGUUAUGGAUAAUAUGCAGUUUUUAGAUAUAACAGGGUUGGAAGUGGACGAGAUUCGUCACAUAAAUUCUUGUCUGUCCGAUACCCCUCAAAGAAUCUCCUUGCCUUGGACUCUCAAGAAGAAAUCUCCCCAAAAAAAAUUACACAGAAAACCAAAUGCAGCAGUCGAAUGUAAGAAGCCAUCAGACAUUGAUGAAGAAACACUGAUCUCAUACAAUGCUAUAUCUGUUGAUACACCCACUUCUAAGACGGAUCAUUUCAUUCCCACACAAGUUUCUACAACGGCUGACAAAGAAACAGUUCCCUCCAAUGAAAUUGCGGAAGAACUUCGCAAUUCACCGAGUGCCCCAAUAUCGAACCUGAUCGAAAGUAAUACCGAAGUGAUGCCUGUUAAAGUUGAAAAUAUUGUGGCAACAUCCUCGAACAAGACUGAAGAAAUGAAGAAUAAGCCUGUGAAGGUCCAGACGUGUGAUGUGAAAAAAAAUGGAGUCAAAUCAGAUGUUAAUGAACCUGUAAACGUAUGGGCGAAGAAAUCAUGGACGAGUCUCUUCAAGAAAGAGGAACCCACGACAAAUGGAGAGUUAGUGACUGAACGCAGUGAUGAGAAAGUUAAAUCGUUGGACACUGUUGAAAAAAGCAGAACUAUUGAUCCAGCCACUCACAGACUAGCAGAAUUUCUAUCGAACUUCGAAAUUGAUGGAAAAAGUGCUAAUCUACAACCAAGAGGCUUAAUCAAUAGGAGCAAUUAUUGCUACAUCAAUUCGAUUUUACAAGCUUUGCUGGCCUGCCCACCUUUAUGCAAUCUGCUGAUAGGACUUUCGAAGAAUUUGACGGAGAAUGGACACGGCCUACCACCCAUCAUAAAGAACAUGUGCAAAUUCAUCAAUAAUUUCGAGAAGCUGCCCGAUUCCUACCUAAACCGUAUAUCGAAAAGGAACAAGAAGAAACAGGGGAGUUUCGACUUCUCCUGCGGCGACUCGAUCGAAGCCUCUUCGAUCUACACCAUCCUGAAUGAUACCAGAAGCGACUCGUUUCUUGUCGAGGGACGUCAAGAGGACGCUGAGGAAUUUUUGGGUCUACUGCUGAACGGACUGAAGGACGAAAUGAUGAAUAUAAUCGAAUCCUGCAAAACUGAGAACAAAAUAGAAAUGAAUCACGACUCCGAAGACUGGAAACAAAUGGGACCAAAGAACAAGCGUAACAUCACGAGAAAGGUUCAAUUCGACAAAACUCCAAUCAGCGACAUAUUCGGCGGACUCUUGUGCUCAAAGAUCCACAAAACGGGAGAUGAAUCCACAGAAAACAUACAGCCGUUCCUGACUCUUCAGCUGAACAUCAGGACGGCCAAAACCAUCACGGAAGCCCUGGAACAGCUGACGAUAAAGAAUCAACUUGAAGGAAUAACUUCGGCCAAGACGAAUCAAAAGGUGGAAGCGUGGCAGCAGGUGCUGAUCGAGAAACUGCCGGCUGUUCUUGUCCUCCAUCUGCAAUGUUUCCGUUACAAUGGGAACGGUUGCACGAAGAUUAUGAAGAAGGUGGAGUUCCCCAUCGACCUCCAGGUUGAUUCCAAGAUCCUGUCGGGAAAACCUAGCAGUUCUUCAGAGAAACAGUACAAGCUUUUCGCUGUCGUUUACCAUGAAGGUAAAGAGGCCAGCAAGGGACACUAUGUGGCGGACGCGUUCCAUUCUGGACAUCAUACUUGGUUGAGGUUUGACGAUGCAAAAGUGAGGUCAGUGUCAGUGGAAAGUGUUUUGAAACCGCAUGGAGACAGAGUUCCUUAUCUUUUAUUUUAUAAAAGAGGUGAUAUAGUUUAAGGUGUAUAAAUUGAACUAUAGAAUAAUAAAUUUGUACAUAUUAGCGAAAAGGAUCGACUAAAAUUGUUUUUUGUUAUUUUAUGAGUAAUGUAUUGUAAAUCUGAAAAAUUAUAAUUAUAUUUAUGAUGUUAUGUAAGUAUAUACUAUAUUUUAAUAAACAGACUUUAUAAUAUA